AUGCAUCUCAAUUCCUAUUCCUACAGUCUUCUCUCUAUAUUUCUAUUAUCCACCUUCCCCAAUCUUUCUUCCAGUGCUGAAACUACAUCCUCAAUUCUUUCACGUCCAGAAAUCAUAAUCUCUCCUCUACAACCUUCCAAACCUCACUUGACUACUACCGCCCUCUCCGCUCCUCGAAAUCGCACUUGUCAUGUUCCAUCCUUAGGUUCCGGACGUGAUGAUUCUCCCGCCUUACUAGCCGCCAUAAAAUCCUGCAACCACGGCGGAAUUGUCCAAUUAAAUGAAACCCUUUACACAAUCUCCACGGCCCUAGACAUUCAAUCCCUCCAAUCCAUCGACUUCGACAUCUCAGGUACCAUCCAAUUCUCUUCCAACAUAACCUACUGGACAGCCAGCAGUUUCAAAUAUGUUUUCCAAAAUAGUAGUGCUUUUUGGCAAUGGGGAGGAAAUGAUAUAAACUGGUAUGGAGGAGGAACUAUUGAUGGUAAUGGUCAACCUUGGUGGGAUGCAUUUGCAAAAGAUAGUUCUCUUGGACGGCCAAUCUUGUUUGUUAUGAAUGGAGUUAAUGGGGCAAGUAUGAGCGACUUGAAGAUGAAGAGUCCGCCAAAUUGGUUUAAUUUUAUUACGGGUAGUCAGGAUGUUUUGAUUAGUGGGAUGGAUUUGAAGGCGGUGACAAGUAAUUCACAUCCGGUGAAGAAUUCUGAUGGAUGGGAUACCUACCUCUCUUCCCAUAUUACAAUCCAAAACUCGACUAUUCUCAACACGGAUGAUUGUGUAUCAUUCAAACCCAACAGCAGUUCCAUUCUUAUCCAAAACCUAGCCUGUACUGGUUCGCAUGGUAUAUCUGUGGGAAGUUUAGGGCAAUAUGUCGGAGUUACCGAUAUCGUCGAAGAUAUUUACGUUUACAACAAUACACUAAGUAAUGCUAGCGAUGCAGCAAGAAUCAAAGUCUGGGCAGGUGCUGUGCCAAAUAAAGAUGGAAGCUUACCUUAUGGCGCAGGUGGAGGUGGUGGGGUGGUGAAGAAUAUUACAUAUGAUGGAAUGACGGUUGUUAAUGACGAUUACUCCAUUGAACUCACUUCUUGCUACAUGCAAACGACCGCAAAUUGCAACGCCUACCCUACAAAAAUGAUCAUCCAAGAUGUCGUAUUCAAGAAUUUCGUCGGCGUCGCUAGUUCAAAACAUGAUCCUAAAGUUGGUACUUUGGUAUGUAGUAGUGCUAGUUCCUGUAUAAACAUCUCAGCCCAAAAUAUCAAUAUCACAACACCGAGCAAGAAGAAGGCGACGUGGACUUGUACGAAUGUGGAUAAGAGUUUAUUGGGCAUCAAUUGUGUUUAG